UUCGGAAAUAUCUUACUUUUACACAGACCGGAAAUACGUUCUGGAGUGGAGUGACCGUCUGAUUUGUCAACAAUGAGACCCAGAUAACAAAUUCUAGAAUGUGAUUUCUUACUAAUCGUAAAUUAGAUACUAAAAACAAUGUCUGUAGUUGAUAGGAUAGUUUAAAAAGUGCAAUGAACAUAAGUUAUGACGCUUGAACCGGCGUCCAUCGGCUCACAUCGUCACGGACUGGCGACCCCUUGGAAAAACUGUCAAUACUGCUCUCUUCAUUUUAAGUCCCCGCGGGAAUUUUCUCGGCACUUGAGGGAAUCCCACUGUUCUAAGGAGGGGGGAUCUUACGUGUGUAGGUAUGGGCCUAACAAUAUAUGCCCCUCGCUGCCUCUGGAAGGUGUCAGUGACAUGGAUUAUGAAAACCACAUAGCACGGGACCAUGUCCAGGCCUCGGGGAGAAAGAGAUCGGAGACCCAGGAGGACCAGUGUUUUGUUGUGUCGCCUCCAGGGACAAUUCCGUCAGUCGUGCACGACCAGCACAGAUGGACGGUGUUUGAUUCCAAGGUCAACCUACCUGCGGCCCUGAAUGACCCCCUCAGGGUCAAGAGAGAGACCGACUUCUUCACCAAAACCUGGGGCCAGGAAUUCUAUGAAAAGAUGUAUGUCCCAGAGUCCAGAUAUCUUCCAGAAAUUGACAGGAGAUUUUUUGAAAAAUAUAAGCAUAGAAUUUCAAAGAGAUAUAGAAGGUAUGCUAGAUAUAAACAUCAGAUUGACCAAGAAGCCCCAGGGGGAGAAUCAUUUCUUCAACAAAUGGAAAAAAACAGAGCAGAACUCCAACAAUUACCAAAGUUGUUCAUGCUGUCGAACUUUGACCUGGAGAAUUCGGACACAUUCAAUGCUGUGUUUCCGUGGUCACAAGUAGAGGAGUGCAAGAAAAAUGGAGGAUCAUCCCAGUCCUCCAAACUUCUACAAGAGAAGUUGAGCCAUUACUUGGAUGUGGUGGAGGUACACAUCGCUAAACAGAUUUCUACCAAGUCUGACACCUUCUUCCAGGCCGUGUCGUCCCACGACGUUCUACAGGAAAACAUGCUGAAGACCUGUCAGACCAUCAAACAACUGAGGGAUAAGAUCCACAGCAUUGAUGAACUCUUGACCCAGGGGUCAUUAAAGAUAAUGAAGCUGUCCCAGACCAGGGCAAACUAUGUCAAACUUCAUGAUAAGCUGAAGUUGAUGUCUACGGUCCACCAAACACAGCCAACCAUUCAGCUGUUACUGUCCACUCAGGAGUUUGUAGGGGCACUAGAUCUCAUCUCUACCACCCAGGAAGUCCUGACUCAGGAACUGGCCGGGGUCCACAGCUUCAGACACUUAAGUUCCCAGCUGGCAGAACUGGAGAAUAUCAUUGAGAAAAUGUUACAGGAGGACUUUGCUAAGUGUGUGUCCGCGGACCUCAAUCGUCCUGUCACAGACAAAGAACCUUUGCUGGAAGAGGAGAAGAUUGUCUCCCUUGUGUUUGGAAUGCUCAGGAAAAGUCGCUUUAAUUUUGUCAAUGUAUAUAGAGAGGAGGCUUUUACAGCAUUCAAGGCUAUAGUUAAACAGACUGUGGUAGAGGCCGUGUCAGAAGCUGAGAAUGUUGACACAGAGGAUGAAAACAUCACCAGCCUGGCCGAUCAGAUGAGGAUGCUGAAUUACUCUCAAUGGAUGGAAUUGAUCAAACAAAUCUUCUCUAAUUUAUUGGUGCAUCUCAACAGAGCAAAG